CCAUCGUUGCGACGCGACGCCCGCUCUGCCGGAGGCGCCCGCGCGUGAUGUCCUUCUGUCUCGUCGGCCGCGGCGCAAUCCUCCUCGCGACGCUCUUUGUCGCCGGCGCGACGGAGUCGCUCCCCUGGCUCUGCGACGAGCGCGGCGGGUGCUGGCCCCAGACCUGGAUCAUCGGCGGCAUGAAAUGUGGAUCGACCUCGUUUUUUCACUGGCUCCACUACAAUCGGGGCGUCUGCGCGGCCGCCGUCGUCGAACACGUGUCGUCGAACAGCAAAGAAACGAAUUUUUGGACGCGCAACUCGACGCGCAACAGCGACGGCGCCGCGUUCCCGGCGCUCUACCCGGCCGCGCGGCGCGGCGAGUGCGCGGGCGGCUUCGUCGAAGCGACGCCGACGAACAUGCGCGUCCCGGCGACGCCCGGCGCGCUCGCGGCGGCCCUGCCCGCGGCCUUCCGCGGCGCGCUCCGCUUCGUCGCCGUGCUCCGCGAGCCCGUGUCGCGCGACGUCUCCGACUACUACAUGCAGAAACGGCGUGGAGAAAAAAAGGGGAAAGGCGCGGGCUGCCCGGCCUGCCGGGGCCACAUGCAGCGCUACGAGACCUUCGCGGCCUGCCGCCUCGACCGGGCGGCGGCGGCCCUGGCGGCGGGCGGGCGCAACGGGACCUGGGCCGAGGCCUACGACGUCUACCGCCGCAAGUGCGCGGAGGGACUUCAUAGCGGAUUUUACGCGCGCCAGCUCGAGAACUGGGUCGCCCACUUCCCGCGGCGCCACCUCUUCGUCGUCGAGCUCGGCUGGCUCGCAACGCGCUUCGACGACGCCGCGCGGCGCGUCUCCGCGUUUCUACGGCUGCCCGCGCCGGCCGGCGCGGAGGCGUUCCCCGACACGGGGCACAAUCGCACCAAAGGCCAAAAGACCAUCGCCUGCGCCGUGCGCGACCGCCUCGAGGCGCUCUACGCGCCGGAGAACGAGCGGCUCUACGCGUUCCUCGCCGCGGAGCAAGGGCCGGACGACGAGCCGCCGUUCCCGCGCUUCGCGCGGUACCCCUGCGAGGAGGGGUAGGUGCGCGUAGCGACAUGGAUCCGU